AUGUUUACCGGCGCGUCCGGGACAUCGGUGCCACCAAUGGACAUGGGGAUGCAGCAGUGCGUUGUGGACAGUUCGGCUUAUUUCAUUCGCACUGAGCUGGCCUCCCAUUAUUCAUCUUCUCGUCCACCGCCGGCUCGGGAGAUUCUCAUUUUUGGGGAUGUCGAGCCCGAUACGCUGUCUCUCUCGCCUCGCACUGCUCAAGUUUGGGCCGAAGCGGCACCAAAGAUCGCCAACGGUACCCUUAAGGGAAUCUUUAUUGAGUGCAGUUAUGCUGACACCCAAGGGGAUGCUGUUUUGUUUGGACAUCUCGCGCCGCGUCAUUUGAUAAAGGAACUAGAGACUCUCGCAGACAUGGUGAGAGACGCAAAGAACAAGCUUGAGAUCGAGCGGGAAGAACAUCGAAAAGGCCGAAAGAGAAAACGGGAGAGUAACAGCAGCGCCAACGGUUUCCUUUCCGGUACCGAAGACGACUAUUACAUCCGCCGACGCAGCCGAUCAAGACAGAAAUCCUACGCGGCCACCACAUCAGCAACAUCGGCUCCGACCUCGGUAGCCAAUUCAAUCAGCGAGUACGCACCCGGAGCCACUUCACGCACCAAUUCCAUCACUCUCCUGUCUCCAGGUGAGCGGAUCAUGCGCGACUACAUGGACACACCCACGCCAUCCGGCAGUCCAACACCCACGCCCACGCCAGGCCCGGAAAUGCCGGUUACAAACGGUGGCGGCGGUGCGCAGGCGAUGCAACAUCAGCAAACUCUCUUGCAGCAACAAGCUCCACCGUCGGUAUCUGUCACUUCGUACAUGGCUGCGCCCGCGGUGCUUGAUCCGCAACACGCGAAUGCCGAGCAGCAGCAGCAACAACAACAGCACGCGCACGCUCAACAACAAAAUAGUCAUCACCAUCAUAAUCAACACAACCAGCAGCAUCAUCAAAGAGACCACGCGCCGCUGAAGGGUCUAAGCGUCAUCGUCAUACAUGUCAAAGACACGCUCAUGGACGGACCGCUCGUGGGCGAUAGAAUCUUGGUCGAGCUGGAGAACCACGAGCGGAAUCUCGCGGACAUGGGGAAGCCGCUCGGGUGCGAAUUCGUCGUCAGUCAUCAUGGUGGGAGCUAUUGGUUUUAA